AUGCAGCAUUACCCCAAAACCUCCUUCACUAUAGUGACCGACACCCCCGAGAAUCUGCGUCUCAAACAACAGAGCAUGCUGAACAGCCAGGCGCUCUAUAAGGAGGACUUUGAAAAGAACAAGGGGAAAGGUUUCAGCGUGGUGGCCGACACGCCGGAGAUGCAGAGAGUGAAGAAGACGCAAGACCAGAUCAGUCACGCUCUUUACAAGGAGGACUUUGAAAAGAACAAGGGGAAAGGUUUCAGCGUGGUGGUCGACACUCCGGAGAUGCAGAGACUGAAGAAGACGCAAGACCAGAUCAGCAAUAUAAAGUACCAUGAAGAGUUUGAGAAGAGCAGGAUUCGAAGUGACGCUCCUCCUCCUGAGAAUAGAAACUAUGAGGAACAGCCAUCCAACCCUGAGAGAUGCAGUCAGCCGGUUGGACAAAUGAUGCGCCCUGCUGCUGUAGCACCAUCUAGUGGAGGGAGACGUUAUCAGGCCAUGUACAGCUACACGGCAGCAGAAGCAGAUGAAGUUUCUCUGCAGGAAGGCGACCUGCUCUUAGAUGUGGAGCCCAUCGACGAGGGAUGGAUGUUCGGGUGCAACCAGCGUACGGGGCAGCGGGGCAUGCUCCCUGCUAACUACGUACGACCCGUGUGAAGCAAACAGCGCGAGGUGGCCCACUGCAGACCGAGCUGCCCUCCUAAUCUGCCCUCACCACCAACAACCAGGCUGCUUUUUAAAAAAAUCCUCCCCAACUAAUUCUGCUUAGCCUUUUUCUGUCAGACAUAUGCUUUUCAAAUAUAAGUAAAGAGGUAGUGCUGUGGUUAUGGGUUCUUGAAAAAUGCGAUUAGUCAGAGUGAAGAUUCACUUUAGGGAAGAACAAUGAUACUGAAGGCAAGGUGUUGAAACAGAAACUCACAAAAGAGGAAGUAUGAGAGGAAAGAAGAGGGAAUAAGUUCACUAAAUGGAAGAUAUCAUAAAUAUAACCAGAUUAUUACCACAAUACUUCACACGUAUACUUCUUUUAUCUUUCUCAGGUAAUGUUUCCCUUUUUUAUGUGUGUCAGCAGCACAAUGCAGCCCUGAUAAAAACUGAUGAAGAGUCAAAUGAUGAACAACCAAAGAAUUCACGAGUUCUUGUUUGAUGUUUUGAAAAAGACAAUGAUUAUGAUUUAAGAAGAUUUGAUUAAAAGUGGAAUAUUUGA